UAGUCAUCAUGUUGGGGUUCUGGAUUUUGGUUGUAUUUUGUGUCUGCCUCCUCUUCCUCUUCAUCAGGAUCCAGAGGCCCAAGAACUUCCCUCCUGGACCACGACCCAUUCCUGUAUUCGGGAACUUGUUUCAUUUUAACAUCAAAAAUCCCCUGAAAGACUUUGAGAAGUUGGGUGAACAAUAUGGAAAGAUUUACAGUCUGUAUAUUGGAACAAAACCAGCUGUUGUUCUUAAUGGUUUAAAAGCCAUAAAAGAAGCUCUGGUGACUAAAUCUGCAGACUUUUCAGACCGCCCUCAGAACUUGCAUAAGGAUGUACAUGCAGGACGAGGAGUCAUAAUGGCUGAUUAUGGUACUCAAUGGAAGGAGCAUCGGCGCUUUGCUCUCAUGACCCUGAGGAACUUCGGCAUGGGGAAACAGUCUAUGGAAAACAGGAUUCUGGGAGAAAUUGAAAAGCUUGUUACGAAAUUAGAGGAAUUCGAUGGAAGUUCCUUGUGUCCUCAGACUUUGUUUCAUGAUGCAGUAUCAAAUAUCAUCUACCUGCUUUUGUUUGCCACUCGCUUUGACUAUGGUGAUGAAACCCCUAAAGUGUAUGUUCGGCUGUUUGAUGAAAAUGCAAAGCUCUAUAGUGGAACUUGGGCAAUGAUCUAUGAUGCACUUCCUGGGUUGAAGUCCUGGCCCCUGCCUUUUAAAAAAGCCUUUGAUAAUAACAACACAAUGAAAAUCAUGACAAUAAACAUGAUCAACAAGCAUAAGACAACAAGAGUCCCAGGACAACCACGAGACUUUGUGGACUGCUAUCUGGAUGACCUUGAUAAGAGAGGCAAUGAAUCUACUUUCAGUGAAGAACAACUUGUGGCGUAUAUUUUGAAUUUGCAUAUAGCUGGAACCCAGACCACAUCCAACACACUCCUUACAGCGAUUCUCUACCUUAUGGCUCAUCCAGACAUCCAGAAGAGAUGCCAGCAAGAGAUUGAUGAGAUUAUGGACGGAAAAUCUCAGGCAUCCUUCGAGGACAGACACAACAUGCCAUACACACAGGCUAUGAUUCACGAGUGUCUGCGUGUUGCUGACAUCACUCCUUUAAGUGUGUUUCACUGUACCACAAGAGAUACGGAGUUGAUGAAUUACACCAUCCCAAAGAAGGCCAGUGGAAGUUUCCUCAUGAUUUUAACCCAUCAAACUUCCUUAAUGAUCAAGGGCAGUUUGAGAAACCUGACGCCUUCUUGCCCUUUUCUGCUGGACCUCGUGUGUGUCUUGGAGAAGGACUGGCUCGCAUGGAGCUCUUCCUUUUCUUGGUUACUCUCCUGCACCACUUUCAGUUUGUUUGGCCUGAAGAUGCAGGAGAACCAGAUUUCACUCCUGUAUUUGGACUCACAGCUUCACCCAAACCAUACAAGAUGGAAGUCAGGCUUAGACAGUCAGCUAGAAAAACAUAGAACCAGUAUAUGGCUAUAUAUUAAAAUUGUUUUUUUGGCUAGUGAAGAAAUUAGUCUGUCCUUGUUCACAUGUGAAAGUUUCAUGUUUAAUUACUUUUUCUCACUGCUGUCAGUGUAGAAGCCUGUGUUACCCUGUGAUUUUGUAAAAAAUUUAACUGAAAAAAUGUUUUUACCAAUGAUAAAAAAUUCACAAUAUGUAAUUGUUUGUAUCUAUAAUCGUCAAAUGCCACACUGAACAUGUAAAUAUAUAUUUUAAAAAAUGUGUAAAUUUAUGUAAACUAUGCCCCAAAAAUUGUUUAAUUAGGUAAGCAGUGCCACAUAACCAGUGCAGGUAUGAAUGUGCUCUUACGGCCUUGCGAAUUAUCAGAUUCUGUGCAAAGUCACUGCAUAAGUGUGUAUGACUCUCCAAGGAUUUUUAAAUAUACCUUCCUGUAUGUGCACAUGUAUGCACAUAGUCCUAAGAAAUUGAUAAUAAUUAGAUAAUUUACAUUGUAAGGUGCUUUGGGGUCUGUAAUGAUAAUGAUAAGGACUGUAAUCCAGUCAUUAUCGGCUUGCCCAAGUAUUGUUUCUUUCCAUCUUUCCAUUUGCCCUGUUCCAACAUGCGACACAAAAUGGUGUGAACCUUCUCUACUAUACAGUGGCAUGAUCUGUACCUGUAUCUGUUUAAUGUCUUAAGGUUGUAAUAAGAGUCAUAGCAGCAUUCUGUUUUUUGCUAAUUAUUAUUUUUAACCACAUCUCGA